AUGAAGUCAGUAUUUUCGCUAGUAAUCCUUGCUUUAUUAGCACUUGUCACUGCCGAGACUCAUACAUGGUACUACACUGCCAAUUGGGUUGAUGGAGUUAACCCAGACGGUGUUUUUGAAAGACGCAUGAUUGGUUUCAAUGGAUCUUGGCCAUUGCCCACUUUGAGAGUGAAGAAAGGUGACAGAGUCAAUUUCUACUUGACUAACGGUUUCGAUGACAGAAACACUUCGUUGCAUUUCCAUGGUAUGUUCCAAAGAGGUACCAAUCAAAUGGAUGGACCAGAAAUGGUUACUCAGUGUCCCAUUCCACCUGGCGAGACAAUGUUGUACAAUUUCACUGUGGAUGAACAAGUUGGUUCUUAUUGGUACCACUCGCAUACUUCUGGGCAAUACGGAGAUGGUAUGAGAGGCGUAUUCAUCAUCGAAGAGCCAAGUAAAGAUGAUUACCCAUAUGAUUACGACGAAGAAGUUGUCUUGACUUUGAAUGAACAUUACCAUGAAGAAUCAGAUAAAUUAAUGCCAAAAUUCUUGAGCAGAUUCAACCCAACUGGUGCUGAAUUGAUUCCACAAAAUAUCUUGUUCAAUGAAACUAGAAACGUUACUUGGAAGGUGGAGCCAAACAAGACCUAUUUGUUGAGAAUCAUCAAUACUGGAAGAUUUUUGUCGCAGUACGUUUGGAUGGAAGAUCAUGACAUGACAAUUGUUGAAGUGGAUGGUGUUUAUGUUGAGAGGAAUACAACCAACUUGAUCUACAUUACUGUUGCUCAAAGAUAUACAGUUUUGGUCACUACUAAAAACUCCACUGAUAAAAAUUAUGCCUUCAUGCACAGACUUGACCCUGAUAUGUUGGACACUCAACCAGACGAUUUGCAAUUGAAUGGUACAAACACAAUCAUGUAUAAUGAAGAGCUUGGUGAAGCUGAAUCUUAUGACUUGACUCAAGACGAAAUCGAUGCUUACUUUGAUGAUUAUUACCUUGUGCCAUUGAAUAAGGAGAAACUUUAUGACGAUGCUGACUAUACAGUUACGAUUCAAGUGCAAAUGGACAACUUGGGUGAUGGUAUCAACUAUGCCUUUUUCAACAACAUCACCUACACCAAGCCUAGAGUGCCUACUUUACUUACAGUCUUGUCUGCUGGUGAUGAAGCCACCAACGAAUUAGUCUAUGGUACCAACACAAACACUUUUGUUUUGCAAAAAGAUGAUGUCGUUGAUAUUGUGCUUAACAACUUGGACACCGGUAAACAUCCAUUCCACUUGCACGGUCACGUUUUCCAAUUGAUUGAAAGACACGAACCAAUUGAUGACGACGAAGAUCCAGUUGCCUUUAAUGCCUCUGAUCACGCUGAAUGGCCAGAGUACCCAAUGAUGAGAGACACGGUAUUUUUGCAACCACAAUCAUACAUGGUUUUACGUUUCAAAGCUGAUAACCCAGGUGUAUGGCUUUUCCACUGUCAUAUCGAAUGGCAUUUGGAUCAAGGUUUGGCAAUUCAAUUGGUUGAGGACCCCAUGGGAAUCCAAAACAAUGCAACCCAGCAGAUAACUGAUAAUCAUAAGGAAAUUUGUGAGAAGGUUGGUGUGCCAUGGAAGGGAAAUGCUGCUGGAAAUGACGUCAACUUGUUGGACUUGUCCGGAGAAAACGUUCAGCACAAGAGGUUGCCUACUGGAUUCACUGCUAAAGGAAUUGUUGCAUUAGUAUUUUCGUGCGUUGCCGGUGUUGUUGGUUUGGCUGCUAUUGCCUUUUACGGUAUGCAUGAUAUCGAGAAUGUUGAGGAAAGAGUUGCAAGAGACUUGGCUAUUGAUUUGGAAGACGAAGAUGACAGUGCAGAAAUUGUUAGACAAACAUCCUCAACUGAGGGUUCAUCUACUCAUAAACAUUAA